CUGACUACUUUCGAUCUCUACUGUAGAAAUGAAUGUUAGACUGAUAAAUAGGCUAUUCGUGACAAAGCCUUGAUAUCUUCACCGUGAACACUAUGACGACUUCACAGAAGGAGCUGGAGUUUCAGCAGGUGCUGUUACGAGUACAGGAGUCUCUCACGGCCGAUGAAGUGCAGGACCUGGUGUUCCUGUGCUCAGAUCUCAUCGCUGCUAAAGACCUCAGCACUGUGAGCGCAGGCACACAACUCUUCGUUCUUCUGGAGAACCAGGACCUGCUGUCGUCGGAGGACCCAUGGCUGCUUCUGGAGCUGCUCAGGAUCAUGAAACGCAACAGCCUGAUCCGCAAUCUGCACUUUGAUGCUUUCACGCAAACUGACUUCUCAACAUUACCUCAGCGUGUCUCCCGGUACAGACAGUUGUUGUACGAGGUGUCGGAGUCCAUCUGUGAUCAGGACCUGAAAAACAUUAAAUUCCUCCUCAUCAAAACACUGCCGCGCAAAAAACUGGAGAAGGAAGUGACGCUGCUGCAGUUGUUUUUGGAGAUGGAGAAGGAAGACCUUUUGGGUGAAGAUAAUUUGGACGUUCUGCAGGAUAUUAUAGCCAAAAUUCAUCCCGGUUUAGAAAAAAGAAUUAUUCAAUACAAAGCAGAGAGUUCUGGUGGAAUGCUUAUUGCUCAAGAGACCGGGAUUAAUUCCUCCGUGUCGUACACACCAGCUCCGCCCUCGCCGCUGACAUCAGUGGACACAAUGGAGGACCGGGUGGACAGACUCAGUCUGAGAGCGUCUGAGAAUAGUGGAGAUCAGAGUCAGACUGAAAAUCCAGAGACCCCGCAGUAUGAGAUGCAAGGGGACAGCAGAGGAGUCUGUCUAAUCAUCAACAACCGAGACUUCAGUGAUUGCACUCUGGGAAACAGAGAAGGAACAGACAUUGACAAAGCCAGUCUGGAGGCUGUGUUCCAGUGGUUGGGCUUCGAGGUGGUGGUUGAGGAGAACUGCGAUCGCAUGCGUAUGCUGCAGGUGUUGAAGGAUCUGGCGUCCCGUGACCACACACCGGCGGACUGCGUGGUGUGCUGCGUGCUGAGCCACGGGCGCGUGGAUGGCAUCGCCGGGGUCGAUGGACAGACCGUCACCGUCAGAGAGCUGACGGAGACUCUGAGUCCAGUGUGCUGCCCCUCUCUCUUCCAGAAACCCAAACUGUUCUUCAUCCAGGCCUGCAGGGGCACCAGAGAGCAGAGAGCAGUGUUUGGUCAAUCUUUCCCAGAAGAUGAGGACACGCCGGUCAGCGACGCAGCUGUACCCAGAGACUCCAUCCCCGAGGCGGCGGACUACCUGCUAGCCACCGCAACCGUACCUUACCAUGUCUCAUUCAGGGAAAAGGGCAAGGGCUCCUGGUUCAUACAGUCCCUCUGCCACAAUCUGAAGCUGCUGGUGCCAAGGGGGACAGAUCUACUGUCCAUUCUGACGCAGGUGAACGGAGACGUGAGCAGGAAGACGGACAAGAGUGGUCUGAGGAAGCAGAUGCCACAGCCGGAGUUCACCCUCACCAAGAGAGUGGUUUUCCCUCCUCCCACAACUCCCCCUCCAUGAUGUCCUCCAGUUCGCCGUAUCAUUGGUUUUACUUGAGAUUAGGGAUUGCGGAAAAUACUCCCCGUUCGUGACAGUUUCCGCUUCCCCCAUGCACAAAAAAAGGAAAUUAAAUAUUUGAGAUAUUUAUAAUGCCAUUUCAAAAUUUACCAUAAUUUCCGAUUUGCCAAACAUUACCAUCUAUGCAAUUUACUGUACUACUUGAAUGAACCUUUCUAUGGAUCCUCGGGUGGUCCAAUAGAUCGGCUACUGCUACUGUACAUACGAAUUCUAUUAAUAUUGCAAUAUUUUUUGGUGAAUAUCUUUUGUAAGAAGCUGUUGAAAAACUUUCCAGGGUUCCUACGCCGUUUGGAAAAGUAUGGAAUUUGAUUUUAGAAAUUUCCAGGUCUGGAAAAGUAUGUAAAAAAGAAAGGCGAGUAUGGAAAAAAAAUAUUUGCAUUUCCAGAUUAUUCGCCCAAUUUAGUUUUAUAUGAUAGAGAAAAUUAAGAAUUUAAUGAAAAUAAAUUUAUCAUACAGAAAGUGUGUUUUCGUGGCAGCUGUUUA